AAGGAGGGAAGCCAACGCCAGCGGAUUUAUUUCAAGGAUGAUAAGGACAGCGUUACCGAUAAAGAGACGGCCUACACAAGCCGCAUCAGUGUGGAUGAAGCGUACACGCUGACCAUCAAUGAUGUCAGGCUGAUGGACAACCGAACCUUCUACUGUCAGGUGGGAGCUGGGCUGCUGGGCAGCAGCGAGGGGAUGUCUAAGCUCCGGGUUUAUGCCGUUCCAACGAUGCCCAACAUACAAGUGAAGUCGGUCAGCGCCUCGGUUCUAGCUACAGAUGUCUCGGAGAUCGCGGAGUGCACCAGCCGCAAUGGCUACCCAGCUCCCUCCAUCAGGUGGUACAAGGACCGGACACCUCUGAAGCCCGUCAUGAAGAGAAACAGCAAAAUGUACAUGGUGCCUCAGACGACGGAAACCUCCAACAAGUACAUGACGGUCUCCAGCACCCUCUACUACAAGCUCCGGAAACAAGACAAAGACUCUACUUUCUACUGUGAGGUGAGCUACAGGCUGCCAGGGGGCAUACAGAAGAUGAUGGAGUCAAAACCGAUCAACAUCUCGCUUACCUAUCCCACAGAGAACAUGGAGCUGACGAUGGAGCCGAGGUUGGUGAAGGAGGACGACGCAGUGACACUGAAGUGCUCCGGUGAUGGCAGCUCCUUAGGGGAGUACAGUUUUUUCAGGCUAAUGGACAGUGGUGAAGAGAUGGGUCUGACCAGUGAGAACGACAUCCUGGUGAUCGAGCGACUAACACGCAACAACACAGGAGUCUAUAUCUGCCGAGCAAUGGACAUGGAAACUACCAAUUUUUUUGAAAAAAACAUCAAUUUAACAGUAAACUAUUUGGAUCCUGUACAGCUGACCCCAGACCGAGGGCUCAAUCUCACCCGCGGUGACACCGACGUGAAGUUGCAGUGCAAUGCGUUCGGUUCCCAGAAAACAUCCGUUGUCUGGAGGAAGGACACAGAGAAAUCUCCGCUCAGCACCACCAACACACUGCGUCUGCCCCAGGUUGGCUUUGAGAAUGCCGGCACCUACACGUGUGAGGUCUCUGUACCCAGCGUCCCCGGCUUGGUCCAGAGUAACUCCAUCAGCGUUGUGGUACAAGGAGCCCCUGAGAUGGUGGCCAAUAGCACAAAGAUCUCCGGGAAAGAGGAGAAACACGUGAACCUCAGCUGCACAUUCAGAGGUUUCCCUAAACCCAGCAUCACGUGGAGCGCGCCCGGCAAUCCAAUGAUGAAGAUGUUUCAAGAGGAUCAUGUGGUCACGGUGGUCAGUGAGCUGGUUCUGCCGCUGACAGAGGAGAUGCAGAAGGUGAUGUGCAACGGCACCAACAUCCAGGGCAGCAAGUCCUUCCUUUUCGAUGUGGCCAGAAAAGUGAUGUCACCUUCUGCCACAGGGUCUCCGACCGACAAGGACGGGAUUGGAAUGAAAGGUAUGCGUCGCAAGAAGAGCAGUGGGGGAGUGGUGAUUGUAGCCAUCAUUGUGUGUAUUCUGGUCCUUGCCAUCCUGGGAGCUGUGCUGUAUUUCCUCUAUAAAAAGGGCAAAAUCUCCUGCGGCCGCUCAGGGAAACAGGACAUAACGCACACGGACGCUCACGACAACAUUGUGGUUGAGGCAAAGAACGAGCAGAAGGUUCCGGAAGAGACGGUGCUUUUGCAAGGAGUUAACGGAGAAAAGAGGCCACCAGGUGAUCAGGGUGAGGAAUAUGCCGACCUGAGGAGUGAGGGCAAGUAACUCUGGCUCGCUUGCUCCCUCCCUCCCUUCCUCCUUCUCGCCUGCCCUUGGCCUUUCCGCACAGAUGUCAAAAUGUUUUGUCUCCACAACACUACACACUUUUGCUAAGAACAGUUUCCUCGACAAGACACUGAGGUUUAUCCUUCACCAAGGAACGAACGCACAACACAUCGCAACACUUUCACCGUGAGGAAUCGAUGGCUUCACGAGCACCUGCUGUCGUUCCGCUGAUUUGGGGAAAUGCAUGUGGUUUACCCACGGGUUCACGUUUUACUGUCUUACAGCGCUUCCCAAUUCCUGAACUCAGAUCCCAAAUACACCACAAGCAUCCCGGGUUUUCCUGGCGCCACCUCGUGGCAUUGGGAGGAAUUCCUAUCAUUCCUGGUUUGGGAAAUCCUCCCGACUCCACAACCUCUUCCUGCUGGAGGCAAAGAUUCCCAAGUCCAAUGGGAUCCAAGGCUGAUUGAAGGUCCAAACCCUUCAACAAGAUCCACAUUGAGAGUGACUGCAAGAGCUCUCUCCUUUGUUCCAUUGUAUUUAUCUGAACGUUUUAUUUCUCCCCCAACCCCCGACUCCUUUACAAUAACUAACAGUCAGUUUCAGCACGAGUCUCUCUGUCGCAGAGCAGGUCACUCCUCCCCUGGGGUGGGGGGGGAGUGAGUGUGUCUGGUGUUCCUCUCAAUAUGCAGGAGUAAUACCAACGCACUGGGAGUGUUUAGUGUUUGGGGACUUUAGAGACAGAUAAAGACCUGCGAUUACCAUCUGGACUUUAGCCUGACACAACACUUCCCUUUGAUAUUGUGUUGAAUUGUGGAAAAGUCUCAAAUCCAGUCUUAAUUUUUUGGGCAUUUCGCCCACAAAACACAC